GUCUCCUGGAGUGGACGCGCCGCUCCUUGGAGCACCUCGUCGUCUCCACACCUAACCACCUCCGGAUCUCAUGGGUCGACCUUGAUCUUGUGCGUCUAAGUUGUCACAUGAUAUGACCCAAUCUCGCGAGGUGUUGGCAGUGAUGGACAACCACACCACGACCUUCGGUCGCAAGCGAGGCUGCAGGAUCUCGCCCUGUGGGGCUUUCCUGAUGGGCGCCACUUUUCUCCUGGGUCUGGUGGCGACGGGUCUCCUGGUAUACCAUUUUGCCCCCUGCCUCGAUGGGAAGAAGAUCACCGCCUAUGAUGAUCUCCAUGACGGCCCUAUGAUGAGAACCGCGAGGACCUUCUCCUCGAGGCAGGCCAACAAAAAGAACCUGGACGUCAGGCUGCCCAAGUCGGUGGUCCCUGAUUCCUACGAGCUGAAGCUGGUCCCCUUCAUAUGGGAAGGGAACUUCACGUUCAAUGGCGAGGUGAAAAUCCUGGUGAACGUCACGAUGGACACCAGGAACGUCACUCUUCAUGCCCUGGACAUGAAGAUCGACGAAGGGUUCACCAACGUCAAGGAGCUGGUCACCGUUCGCGGCGUUCCCACCAAGACCAGGCAGAUUCGAGUCGAAGAACAAAGGAACGACACCUUGCGACAGUUCCACGUGAUCAGCACUGCGGAAACCCUGAAAGCUGGCAGACAGUACCUGGUGCACAUGAAGUACAUCGGCUACUUGAACGACUAUCUCCAGGGCUUCUAUCGAAGUUCCUACACCGUCGGCAACCAAACUAGAUGGAUCGCGACCACGCAGUUCCAGCCCACGGAUGCAAGGAGGGCCUUCCCCUGCUUCGACGAGCCUGCCCUGAAGGCUAAGUUCCAGAUCAGCAUCGCCAGGCCCAAGAACAUGAGCUCCAUAUCCAACAUGCCUAGAAAGGGCGACCCGAAGCCUGUACCAGGAGUUCCCACUUACUUGUGGGACCAUUACGAGCGCUCAGUGCCCAUGUCCACCUAUUUGGUUGCUUUCAUCGUCUCGGAUUUCAAGGUGUUGAAGUCCAAGUCCGGUAAUUUCGGUGUCUGGGCCCGCAACGAAGCCAUCAACCAAUCACUAUACAGCUUGGAUAUCGGUCCAAGGAUUCUGGAAUACUUCGAGGGGUACUUCAAGAUCAAGUUCCCUCUGCCCAAGAUCGACAUGGUCGCUCUUCCCGACUUCUCUGCUGGUGCCAUGGAGAACUGGGGACUCAUCACCUACAGGGAGACGGCCAUGUUGUACCAACAAGGCGUCUCCACCAGCAGCAACCAGCAUCGCGUUGCUACCGUUGUUGCUCAUGAACUAGCUCACCAAUGGUUUGGCAACCUCGUGACACCUAGCUGGUGGACGGAUUUAUGGUUGAACGAAGGGUUUGCCAGUUACGUGGAGUACCUAGGAAUGAAUGCCGUGGAACCGCAGUGGAGGGUCCUCGAGCAGUUCGUGGUCCAUGAGGUGCAAAACGUCUUCGGCUUGGAUGCUUUGGAGUCCUCGCAUCCGAUAUCGAUUGAAGUUGGCCAUCCGGAUGAGAUCAACGAGAUAUUCGAUAGGAUUUCUUACGGGAAAGGGGCCUCGAUAAUUCGGAUGAUGGACCAUUUUUUAACCACCGACGUCUUCAAGCAGGGAUUGACGAACUACUUGAAUGGCAAAGCCUAUCAAAGUGCUGAACAGAACGACCUGUGGGACGCUUUGACGCUUCAGGCACACAAGGAUAAUGUCCUAUCACAAGAUGUCACCGUAAAACAGAUCAUGGACACUUGGACCCUCCAGACUGGGUUUCCAGUGGUCACCGUUAAGAGGGACUACAACAAUGGCGAAGCCGCCCUUACGCAAGAAAGGUUCAUGCUGCGAAAUGGAACGGUGAUGUCUACAACGGGCGAGGAACCUCGUUGGUGGAUUCCAAUUACCUACACCUCGGAGAACCGAAAAAGUUUCGAUAACACCCAUCCAUCGCACUGGAUGAAAGCGGAGCCGAGUCUUACCCUAAGAAAUCUGUCCGCUGGUCCGACAGAAUGGGUGAUCUUCAACGUCCAAGAAACCGGGUACUACCGAGUGAACUACGACCAGAUGAACUGGCAACUCAUAAUCAAGCAGCUCAACAACGAGAACUUCAAGAGCAUCUCCACCAUCAACAGAGCCCAGCUGAUAGAUGAUGCGUUGAAUCUGGCCAGAGCUGGUCGACUGGAUUACGCCACGGCUUUGGAUGUGACAUCUUAUCUCGCUCAUGAGACGGAAUAUCUGCCCUGGAAGGCUGCCUUUACUGCCAUGAGCUACCUGGACAACAUGCUAAUCAAGGCCCAGGGUUACGACAAGUUUAGGGUCUACGCCCUGAAGUUGCUGGACAACGUGUACAAUCAAACCGGCUUCAUAGACAGUCCCGAUGACUCCCAGCUGACCGUCUUCACCCGCGUCGACGUCCUCAGCUGGGCCUGCAGCUUCGGGCACGACGACUGCGUCCACAAUGCCAUCAGGCAGUUCCUAAACUGGCGGAACACGCCAAAUCCUGACAAGAACAACCCGAUCUCGCCGAAUCUGAAGAGCGUCGUCUACUGCACGGCUAUCAGAGUGGGUGGCCAAGCCGAGUGGGAGUUCGCUUGGCAGCGAUAUCUGGAGACCAACGUCGGUUCUGAAAAGGACCUGUUGCUCCAUGCUCUGGGAUGCACCAAGGAGGUUUGGAUCCUGCACCGGUACCUGGACUGGGCCAUCACCGAGAGCUCUGGGAUCAGGAAACAGGACGUGGUCAGAGUCUUCGGAUCUGUCGCCAACAACGUCAUCGGCCAACCGCUGGCUUUCAACUACUUCAGGAACAAGUGGUCACGGCUUAAGGAAUACUUUGGCACGUCAUUUCUGAGCAUCAACCACAUCGUCAAGUCCUCCACCAAGAGAAUAAACACCAAAUACGAACUGAAAGACUUGCUGGAAUUCGCCACCGAGCACAAGGACGAGCUGGCGUCGGCGUCGCGAACCGUACAACAAGCCAUAGAACAAGCGGAGGCCAACAUCCGGUGGCUGGAGAGGAACCAUGUGACGAUCCGGGACUGGCUGCAGAGGAACACGGCGUAA